CAGAAAUCAAAGAACACUGAACAUUGUCAACAGUCUUUGAUAAAUAAUACAGAUGAGGAACUCUCUGAUUUGACAUUGCUUGAGAUUUUUAAUUGCUGGUAUGGAAAUUGUAUUUAAAAUCAUUUCUACUGCUGUUAUCUUUUGAUUAUACCAACAGGCAACAGUACGAGAGAAUAUGAUUUCUCCAACUGCUGAUGAUGAUCUCAAUACCUUAGACAACAGCAAGCCUGAUGCCAGUCAGAUUUAUCUUCUUAAUGGAAAGAAUUACAGAAUAUCUCGUAGCAUUAAAGUGUCAUGGUUUUUUGAUAACUUUGGCAAAGUAAUUGUGCCAAACAAUGAUGAUGUCAUUAAAUCGUCAGAAAAAGAGCUUGAAGUGCUGUCUGUUGUAUCAAAAUCUUCCACAAAACAUUCUGAGAGAUGCAUUGUCGUUCCCUCAACACUUGUUAUUUUUCUUGGAAGAAUGUAUAAGUUUGUGUUUUGUUUGGAUGUUAGUCAAUCUUUGGCUAGUGUGGAUUUAUUUUCUGGAAAAGUUGUAAAUGAACUAUCCUUUGAAAGCUUUGAAAACUGUCUUCGUGGUCUAGUUUUACCGUUUACAGUUCCUGGAAGUAAUUUGCUACUCACUCCAGAAUUAUAUGUUACAGUUCUUGGUUAUAAUGGUGUCGUAGAGUGUGGUACAGUCCAGGUUUUAGUUGAGGGUUGUCUAGUCACUCAGAAUAAUAUCGAAAAGAUUCUGUCUUCUGUUCACAAACAGUUACUAGAAAUGGAAAAUAAGAACGCUCAUGCCAUCCAGUUUUAUGACAAACAGAAUCAAGAAGAGAAACAAAAAUUCCCUCAUACAGCGUUGGAACUGUCUAUUGUGGUCAUGUUGAAAAUGUCUAUUUUAUCUUUAGAGCUUCUUCCUAGAAAUGCUAGUGGAGGUAUUGUGAUCAUAAGUGAUGGUGUCUUUGGUCUACCAAAUGCCGCUAUGGUUCAUGCAUUACUGGCUCAGUUGAGAUCUCAUACUGUCUGUUGUUCAUUUGUGAAAGUGGGAAGCCCCUUUCAGGCACACUGUAGUUUGGGUUAUAUUCCAAAUACGGAUCUGAUGAAGUUUUUGGCCAACGCAACUUCCGGAGCUUACUUAUCUAAAACACUUCCAGUAGAUGAGCUUUCUAAUAAUGAACUACCUUUAAUGAAUUUUUAUCAAAAAGCAUUUCUUUGUUGGAGUUUUCAAUGGGAAUACGACUUGGGAAAAAUUAGUUUUUGGGAAGAGUUGAACCAUGAAGGAGACGAUGUUCUUCAUAAAUGUUCUAGUUUGUCGUUAUCUUUACAUCAGUGGGAUAAAGCUCUUACUGAGCCAUUGAUACGAAAGAAACAUGUCGAAAAAACUUUACAAACGUCCAUAUCAUGCGUGUUGUCGAUUCGUUUACGUGAAGGAUAUUGCAUUAAAGAUAUCGCGUUCCAACGAGGUGGAAAGGAACUCGUUGUUAAAUUGUUGUUGCUAUGGAAACAGAAUGCUUAUAUUGAAUAUACAGCGUCAUCUGUUUGGCCAGUUCCAGUCUCAAGUGCUUGUACAAAGGUGGACAUAAUUGUUCAAGGAACGUACGGAUUUCUCCAUGAUGUUUAUACAAAGAAACUUUUCUCAAUGAAAGGAUAUAGGGCAAAUGUUGUGGAAACGUUCAAUCUUGCUCUGAAAAAUCUUGAAUUCACGGAUUCGUUGUUGGUUAACCUCCAGUCGUUUUCCUCUAAUCCACUUUAUUACUCUACUCCUGAAUCAGUAAGAAGAGGUGUGCCUCUUUUUCAUUUACCACCAAAUUCUCUACAUCCGGUAUUGGUUGUGGAACAAGGAAAAACUAAAAAAUCCUCGAAAUCACAAGAAGCACAAUUUGCUGCAUUCUGGAGGGCAAUCUUGACCCUGGAUGUCAAUAAUUGGCAACGUUGGAUGCAUUGUCAUCGUAUCAAUAUGGUUUUAGAGCAUGACAGACCUCUUCCAAAAUCGUUGUUCUUGCCGUCAGUUACUGAUCGUUCUCAUCAUAUUCACUGUCGAAAUUCUCUCAGCUCUCUAGCAGUCUUCCUAAAGGAAUGGAGUUCUUUUGCUUUAGCUGAGAAUCAUACUUACAUUAAGUUUGUUGAAGGUAAUGAUCCAGAAGAUCCACCUAGGUCUUUUUGCAUCGUACGCAUAUCUUCCAAAGCUCCCUCUAUCGUGGUACGAAUUGCGUUUUUGGGUGGAACACCUGGAGCAGAGAGACACAAGAUCGUAAAUUCUCUUUAUAAUGAUCUGAAAGAAAUAAAAGCUCCAUUUUCUUCUUCUGAGAAAUCUUCCAAACCGACGGAUGGGGAUAAUGAAGUCGAGAGGCCAAAAAAACUUGUUUGUUUGAAACUUUUACACAAGCCAUUGGAUAGAAUACUCGUCAGAUACGAAGAACAACCCAAAGAGUUUGUUAUCCGACCAUCAUUACACAGCAAAGAUUCCUCGAGAGUUAUUGAAACGUAUGAACCAUGGAUGUAUCCUUCGAAAGGAAAUCAUGAUUCCUCACUGAAAGUUCUAUCGCGAUUUCUCUAUCAUCAACGUUGGGUGUUUACUUUGCAUCCUAAAAGAUUGGAUUCUACUACUCCACCCGAUACUGUAUCCAAGAUAUUGAAAUAUAUAGCAAAGGUUCGAGAGAAUCAAGGGUAUACAUUUGUUUUCAGUAAUCUAGGAGUGACAACAAUGUUUAAAGAAUUUAAUGUUAAAGAAACUCAUAAUGAUGACAAAGCACCCAACACAUGUAUCGUACAGUUAGUUCUAUUUCCACCAAUGACGUUGUCCAGUCAUAAUCGUGUUGUUCGCUGGGCAUGUGAUAACCGCCUUCCCGAAGAUGAGAGGGAGCUGGAACUAGUAGUAGAGGUUUGGGUUGAACCUCAACAUGGCGUGGUUGUCGAAGAGGAAAUUCCUGAUUAUUUACAUGGAAAGCAAUAUUUUGAAAUAGCAGCCAAGAUUUUUGAAGAAGAUGUUGAGAUUAUUUCAGUAUGGUUGACAUUUGAUCAUAUCUGUCGCAUGUGUGAUGAUCAAGUUGUACAUUGCCCCAAUGAAGCGGUAAAUGACGUCAUGCCUCCGCCUACUGAUCCAGACAAAAUGUCGCUCAUAUAUGAAAUUCCUUUUCCUUUCAAUGUGAUAAAACUUCUUACUCAUUCAAGACAAGUGAAAUUUCUUUUUUCCACAUUAAUAGAGCACGAAAGAGGUUCAUCAAGAUCCACUUAUCAUCGAAGUAACGAUAUUUUGUUUGAUCACAUUCUCGAUCACAUGAAAAGAUUUCACGAUAGAGAAUUGAUUCUCACUCCUGAAGAUUCAAAGACUUUUCUUGAAUUCCUUUUACAUCGUUGUGAUGUUGAGAAAUGUCCACCACACGUCGAAAACAUAACAUGGAGAUGUUUUACGAGAAUUGAAAAUAGACAUUUAUUAUUAACGUUUUUACCUGCAACCUAUAAAGCAUUACAAUCUUUUGCCAAGAUUUUGAAAGAAGACGAGAAUGCGCUAAGAAUAAAAGGGAGACAAAAUAUUUCAACGUCAAAUGUAUCUUUGUUGUCUGAUGAGACUGAAGUGGAGGAUGAAUGUAGCGAAACUGUGGGAAAAUUUUGGCGUUCUAGACGAUCCAGUGAAGGAAGUUGUGUUGACCUGUCCAUCUUUGUUUAUGACUUUUCUUUGUCUUCAUUCAUGGAAAAUAAAUUAUUCAAAGAUAUCUUGUUGGACUACAGGGACAGCCUUGGAGAGUUUGGUUCGAACCCUGAUUUACAUACAUCCAAAGAACUAACUCACCAUUGUAUCAUUGUAUACGACAUGUUUUUAUAUUGCUUUGUCUCCACUGUGUUUGAAAGCUUACGAAAAAAUGAAUUUGUUGAUGAUGAUAAUGUGGAUGAAACACUUGCUAUCUGCUCAGAUAAUAUUCCAGAAGAGAUUGAUAUUUUUGGAUUUCUUGGAAGUAUUUGCGGUCAUAUUAAGCAUGCUUUCAUUGGUGAUAAAGAUUGCGAGGAAUCGUUGGAGGACUGGGACCGUGCUCAUGAAAGAAACGCUAUAGAAUUUUUGCGCGGUCAAAUUGUAAAACGAAACGAAUCUGUGUGGGCGCCGAAUUGUGAGGAAUUGUUAGGUUUACACGACUUUAUACAGAAAAGAUUUGACAAAGUUCUAAAGAAAUAUUUUUCACCAAUACCAAACAAGAAAGAUCACUAUUUUUACAAUCCAGACUUUUUAAAAGAUUUUUCACAGUCAGAUGAAGAUGAUGAAAGUAACGACGUUUCAAAUGAGACGAGCAGUGAGGCAUAUUCUGAUGUGGUGUUUGAAAAUGAUGAUGGCCUUUCUCCAUUUACCGAGAUGAAUGUGGAAAAUGAAAACGAUUCUUGUUUCGUUGCUGAUAUAACUGAAGACGUUCUGAAUAAAGAUGAGGGUGAUGAUGUUAGCCAAUCAAAUUAUCCUUCCAAUAUGUCUGAUAUGCAAAGUUCCAUUAAAGAGGAUAACUUAAUGGAACAGUUGGAAAAAGAAAACAAUGUACCAUUGUUUCUAAGUUUGAAUUGUACUCUAAGAGAUCGUAGUCAUUUAUCAAGUACAAUGGUUAGCUUACCAACUGAUUAUUUACCUGUAUGUUUUGGUGAUAUUUUGGACCAAGCUAACAGGGAUCCUGAUCAAUAUAUUGAUCCUACAAUCUCAACAUUAAACUUGACCUUGGAUCUCAUCUGUCUUGUUCCACCUCGGGAACCUGACUACUCACGAUGGAGGAAUCACAAUCAUGAAAAGGCUGACUCUCAAAGUUUGUCAAGUGGAAGUUCCAUUUCACAAAUUGAGAAAACAGUGAGAUUUGAAAAUGUCGAUGGUGGUGUUAAGUCCGUGUCAAUAUCAGUAUCACAUGAUAGAGAAAGUAGUUUGUUGGUGUCAGGAUUACCCGUUAGUCAGGUUGAAAGUAUUCGCGAAUUCCGUGAUGAGAUUAACUGGCUUCUUAAAGAUGAAAUUAUCUUCUCGUUGUGUCAUGUUCCGUUUAUAUCCAAACAGAUUCUCCAUACGGUUGCAGAGCACAUCAUUGAAUGCAAAAAAAUGGAAAAUCAUUCAAGUCGUUUCACUUCGUUAAAACUUGACUUUGUUUUAGAACAGGAAAAGAGUUUGUGUAUUUUCAUGGAGGAAUUUGAUAAAAUGAUGAUAGGUUGUCAUAAGUUAUCAAAACUGGAGGAUUAUUAUUAUCUACGUCUGUCGUCGUCAAUAAUGUCAAGAAAUGUGGUAUACAAUGAAGUGGAUGAUACGAAAUCUGAGCAGGAGAUAUCAACGAUUAACGAAGUUGAAAAUGAUAAUAAUGAUGAGGAAAUGUUUGUGAUGUUUGGAUCGAUGUUUAGCUCUGAUGGCAUUCCUGGAAAUGAUAUAAAGAUGGAAAAACAAACAUCUUUACAUGAUGAUUUCUCAGAAAUGUGGCUACUUCUUAGAAAAUCUGAAUCCGAUGUCGUUGAUGUGCUGUUUUAUGCACGAGAAUGCUGCAAUGGCGAAUAUUACUAUGACCUUUACACAAAUGCAAUCGAUGAAAUCAAGAAUUUGUGUCAUAUUGUUAAUCAGAAAAUGCUACUUCGUUACGUAUACGACAACAAAAUCUGCCAUCCAUUGUUACAACCGAGAUCUGAGGCCGAUAUUUGGAGUGAAAGUAUUUUAGGCUCAACUUCUGCGCAUCCUGUGUUAGGUGGCAUUGAUGGAAGUCAAGUAGUUGUACAAGAAUAUCGUUUUCAACCUGGACACUUUAAAUGUCCUGCAAAAUGGACGACACGUUUCCCAGUUCAUUUUAGAUGGAAAGACAACUCUAAACAAAAAAACAACGGCGCAGAUAGAGCACACAAAGCUUUAAAAAAUGUUUUGGAUAAGUUUGCUCUCAAUGAAACCUCUAGUAUGUAUGUGUAUCAGGAAAGAAAUGGAAGCAUUUUUUACUUCAAUUUGGAUUCUUCACUAUAUGUAAGUAAAGAAUCGGAAUUUGACGUUGGCAAAGAGGAUGGGAACAAAGAUGAAGAGCUUACCCAGUCUCCUCCUCUUUCUCCUUUAUCUUCUGUUCCUUCACAUGGACAAACUGGAGGAACGACUGAGGACGAACUGGUACACAAAAGAUCCUCAAUAAUCUCUUGGGGAUAUGUUGUAACUUCGGAAAAGGACACGAUCAGCUGUAGUGAUUCACUAAAUAGUUUUCCUGUUGUUGAACAUGUUGAAGAAUGUAUCAAACUUACAGUGUUUGGUGUAACUGAGCCAAGUGAUGAGAUAAAGAAAGAUUUAGUAAAUGUCUUACAAAGACGUCUUGAUGAUUUUACUCGUGAAAUAUUGACGAUGACGUUGGCUCGAAAUCCUAACACAAAGCUUACGUUACAAGACGUUCAGUUCAUCCAACCUGUUGAAUCUCCUCCAACUUCAUUUUUACAAUUGGUGCUGCCAUCAUUUGCUGUCAAGAAUCUUCAUCCUUUCUCGUUCUUUUUCAAACAACAUCUACUGAACUAUCUACAUACACCAAAGUAUUCUGCUCAAGCCGAAACAUGUCAUUUUAAGAAGUUUUCACGAAUGAAUGGAGGACAGGCUCAAACACAACCUGAAAAUGAAUCGUUUCUCUACACUAAAGCAUUUACUUCAGGAGGGAAAGGUGUUGCGUUCUUGUCUGUGAGUAUUGUUGAUAAACAUGGUUGUUCAAUAAAGGUUGUACCUGAGCAGAAAAAAGUUGGCUUUAUGGACGAAGAAAUGAUGUCUAGUCUUAAAAUGAUCACACAAAUUGUCAAUAUUGAUGAAUGUAGAACAAUUUCUGAUGAAAAUAUCCUUGUCGAGAUUUCUGUAUGGGAACGUGGUGAUAUUUGCAUUAGCGAUCUAGAAAAGAAAUUAACGAAAUCAAUACGUCAUGCAUUGUGUGACGUUAUUAUAGAAUAUUAUUUACUUUCAGCUUCCUUGUCAUAUAUACCUCAUCAAUAUUUAAACUUGUCCACCAAUAACUCUUCAUCUUUUGAUACAAGAUAUCGUAGAACACUAGACUGUGGACACGGGUACAGUCCCAAACCUGAUGAUAUCCAUUCACGUUCAUUCGCACCAGUUUCCUUCGCACCAUCGCCGUCAACUGUUUUGGAGGUCAGUAUACAUGAAAAUGUUAUUUUGGACUCGACGUCAGCCGUUAAACCACAAGAUGAAGAUUUUGUAAAUGGUCAACAUCCAAAAUUUAGCGAAACCUCUUCAUUAAAUAUUCCUGAUAACGAAUGUAAACAUCGUUAUUAUAGUGAAGGCAAUGGUAGAAAAUGCUCGGGUACUAAACACUUUCAAACUUUAUUUCGAUCAUUUUCAACUUCUUCUUCAUCAAAACUUGAACCUCAAGAUUUUGAAGAGAAUCUCAAACAUGGACGGUUUUCUCCCUAUGAGUUAUUUACUGAAAACGAGCUGACUGAGUCCAAACAACUUAGCGAGCAAGCAGUGCUUGCUAAUACACAAUACCUAUCGGACAAAACUCGAAAGAAGUCGGCAGAUGUGGCUAGAGACAGAGACGUUAGAGAGGAAGAAAUUCAGAAGAUGAAGGUAAAACGACAGAAAUACGAAAACGGUGAAACAGGAUAUUUGCAUCCCAGUUUUCAAGGUUCUGCACAAGAAAUGUUGACAUUUGCCAGUAAUCUUGACUCACCAUCCAUACGUAUUCAAAAAGAGACAUUAUUGACUCGAUAUUCUGUUGAUGCUUUGCUGUGCGAGCUCAUUCAUUUGGUGAAGAAUCUUUGUCCUGAUUUAGACACCAGAAUUUAUCGAGCCGUUCCAAGCUCACAAAGUUCCUUCAAUUUCAUCAAUCCCCAGACACUCCAUCAUGUACUGUAUGAUCCCAUCGGACGACCAUCACCAGUAAUUGAUGGAGAUGAAACGCUUGUGGAUCACAAUGAAUCUUCAGUGACGAAUGAAACAAGAGCAAAUGGACCAUUUGUUCUUGUUGCACGUUGUUUAAAGCAAUGGAAGUACAAUUUACACUGUUUGCAACAUCCUUAUUACUUGGAGAACGACGCAGAAUUGUCUCAAAAAGAUUAUUACUCGACGCAAAUGUUUCAAUCAUGGAAUCCAAACUCAAUAGAAGAUGCGAAUGAACGUGCUAAAGACAGUACAGCUGCAUUUUCUAAUGUUUUACCAGGCUUUGUGUCUCGUCAGAGCUUAAUCAUCAUUGACAUCAAAGAUAAAGAGAUCGUUGCUACAACCUAUAAUAUUUCCAAUGAAACACAUAACCAGUUUUAUGUUCGUCUUAAACAACUUGCACACUGGAACAACGCUCGUUGUCAUCUUGUUUCCUGUUUAAUGCAUCAAAAAAUGGGCCUGUUUCAUCAUGCAGUUUUUAAACAUUUUGAUUCAAAAACCAAGGCGAUCAAUCCUUUUUGUGAGUCAGUUGAAGACCAUCAUUUGUUUACAUUACUAAAACAAACAUCUCCAAUUUCUUCAGAGAAGAACUCCACUCACAAACAAAUUCCCUCCGUUGCGAAAUUAUUGUUUGAAGAAACCUUUCGUGAUGUCACUCCUCCAAAGCCUCUUCAAAAAACCAAACAUUCUCAUUACCGCGAUCCUGUCAAACGACAUGGUGCUCAGUUUCAGGAAAUACGAGCAAUGCAAAUAAUAGCGGCAGUAGAAAAUGCUGAGCUUCAAAAGUUGUUUACAACUUGGUUACAAGGUGGAGGUUUGCCUGUGUAUUUUAAGGAUAUAGUUUUGUUAAAACGUCAAAGUUGUCUUCUUCAUUGCUGUAAAACACCAUUCUUAGUGUGUCAUGAAUGGAUAACUAAUAUUGAGAAAAAAAUUCAUUCAAUCCAAGCUACGAGUGAAGAAGAGAGAAGAAAGAACGAAGGAGCAAAGAACGAAGAUAAAACAAGAAUUGAUGAUGUAAAAGAAGAUCAGUGGCAUUUUAAACUAAGAGAAGAAUUUAUUAAUUACUAUACUCAAUUCUUACAAUCUCAACAAUUUUCCAGGAUACAGAUCACCCAUGUACAAACAAAACCAAGUAAACCAUUACGCAAGGCAGAAAAACAGAAGCUCACAAGUGAUACAGUCGACCAUAUCAAAAAGAAGCAGCUUCAUUAUUAUCUUCAAAAGACAAUUGAUGGCAGUAAAGAUGAGGAAACAUUUGCUUAUGACGGUGGUAUCAUGUUAGUCGAGUUGGGAUAUGAGGGCUAUCAUUUUUCUGUCAAAUUGUAUACGUUUGAAUCAAGUAGACUUCUGAAGGAUAAAACUUCCGACCACCAGGCAAAAGCGAACUUUCAUGCAGAAUGUCUAAAAGUUCGAGAUCUUACUCAUUUAAACUCGUUCAGCUACGAUUUUCACUUACGUCAUGUACAAUAUUCCUUGUUUGGACAACGUUUGCUAUUUCCCAAAGGAUUCAGGCUCACAUCUAUGUUGAGUAAAUUAAUGAGUGUUUAUAUUUAUCCACCAAAAUUUUCAUGGAAUCAUAUUUGCAAAGGUCAACUGUCUUUGCCUUUGACUCGUUUAUCACAGAAAAGUGUUUAUAACUACGCAGUGGAACAUUGUGAGAGAUAUGGUCUCUCAAAUGUUGAAAUGAAUGCAACCGAAAAUGUAACAGAACAUGUUCUUGUUUUGAAACAAGAGCAAGAUAAAUAUUACAUCUCCGUAAUUGCCAAGCUUGAUACAGAUGCUCUGGAAGGACAUUUAGGGUUAAAAUUUUACGUCGUUAAAACACAUGGCCGUCAAGUGUUCCCUAAAAUGAAACCAACAAAUGAUAUCUUGUGGAGAAAACAAUCUUCUUCUUCAAUUACUGAAACAGCAGGAAGAUUUCGUCAAUCUUCGGGUUAUUCUCGUUUGUCAAAUAGCUCUGAACAUGAUCUGUGGACUGUUAACAUGACAGAUGAAAACAUCAAACGAUCUUCAUCAAGUCCACAAUUUAUGACCUCGUUACCAAUCUCCCAAAGUCAUGAAGAACUAGUCAAAAAUUUACCCAGCAACAUUCAUAGUUCUCAUAAUUCAUCAAACACACAAAAUCCCUCUGUGAUCAAGAUAAAUCCUGCUAACGAUAGACCCUAUAUCAUAGCUGGCUUAGAAGCGGAUCCAUCGGAUACUCUAAUGUCUUGGGACCUUCGUAAUCUUGGUUACGAUGCGGAUAAAUGUUACCAAAAAUUAAUUACAGCAAUGAGCUCAGCACAGUUGGACUGUCUUCGAGAUCAUCUCUGGCAUUUAUUGAUGAAGGGAUCAAGUAGUGAAGAGACUGGAACGGAGAGCUCAAUGUGGAAACCAAAAGGGCGUAGAAAGACAGAACAUCGCAGAGUUUUUAAUGAUUUUACUGAUUCAUCAUCACUCAAGGAUAUCGAUGACUCUAACUGCAAGAUGUCGUUUGAAGAUUUUGAAAGUUUGUUGAAGCUUACACAGCCAUUGUCAUUUUCAUCGUUUGACGAAAUGUUGAAACCAUUCUUAUCUAUGGAUUCAUCUUGGUAUUUUCAUCUUUGGACAACUUUGCUUGCGAAAUUCGGAGAUCACACACGAGAAUUUACUCGAAAUGACAGCAAAAUUCGUCAUUUGGUUGUUCUCAAUUGUAAAAAUCGUGAUAUGUUUGUAGUUAUAACAAUUCAUGAAAACAAUGGUACCACGGAAAUGAAGAUUGUCAAUCGUCUACUGACUGAAGGCAACAAUAAAAAUGAUCUCGUUCUAAAAUCUUGUGAAGAAUUUAUGGCCGAAAUCAUCAACGUUCUGUGUUAUCAAAUGUGGAGUGGUUUGCUUAUUUAAUAAACAACAGUGUUGGAGAUUCAAAGCAAGAAUGGUCGAUAAAUCAAAGACAUCCUGUGCUCACAUGAACUCAAAGCAUGACGACUAAAAGAGAAAGUUCUUAUGGAAACUACGAUGACGUGAUAUGAUGUCUACAGUUGUGUUUAUACAAGAGAAGAUCAUGUUUUGGCGCGGAUACAAUCCCAUAAAAGUGUAUAUAAAGCUCAGUUCUCACUUGCAACAAAAGCAUAAACUAGAAGUGAUAGUUUUGAUAAUCUUAUGCUUAAGUUUUGUUGCAAGUGAGGAGGCUUAAAACAUGUAAAAUACAUUACAUGAUCUUUUUUUAUGAAAUAAAAAUGAAUACUUACAUCCGUGGUGGAAAUUUUUAUUUGAAUGCAAGCGAUAAACAUUUAGUAGGCUUUAGGUCAUUAAUUACCAGUAAAGACAAGAAAAGUAUUUAUUGUAUAAUUAUAAUAAAAUUGACAUUCUUUAUAAGAGUUCUUGAAUUUGAAAUAUACGACUAUUUUAUGACAUUUUUUUACUAAGGGAUAAAUCAUAACGAAAUUCUUGAUACUGUAAAUAAUAAUUGUAAAUUAAAUACAACAAGAAAUGUCCACACGAAAAAA